ACUCCGCAUGCGUACUACAGGGGAUGAGGCAUUUGUAAACUGUAGGAAAUUUAGCAUAUGAAACUUUGUAAGCGGAAGUUCAUGUAUGAGCCGAAACACAUUUCCUGUCGAAGCAACAGGCAGACAUGCAUAAACGAGCUGUGUGCACUUCGGUACACUUUCGUUAAUGAAACGUAGAUGUAUUUAAAUAAACAAAAAGUAACAAAUACAAACGCGCCGCGUGUUAGCGGCAUUUAUAUAUUUCACACAAGCCUCAAUGGGCGCCAAAAGUUUAAUCUUUAAACUAUUUGUGUGCCCACUUGCUGCUAGUUUUAAGAAUAGGGAUUUACUGAGCGCACAUGAAUGCAACACAAGAAGGAACAGGAAGUGGAAGCUGUGUUUUUGGACAGACUGCUCCGGGCAGACGGUUUCAGGACAUAAAUUUAAAGCCCUCGCGGUCCGGGACAGUAGUCUCCACCAUGGACACCCUGGAGGAGGACCUGACGUGCUCCGUGUGCUACUCUCUGUUCGCGGACCCCCGUGUGCUGCCUUGCUCUCACACCUUCUGUAAGACCUGCCUGGACAACCUGCUCCAGGUGUCUACCAACUAUUCCAUCUGGCGCCCGCUGCGCCUGCCGCUAAAAUGCCCCAACUGUCGCAGCGUGGUGGAGCUGCCCCCAGCAGGCGUAGACGCUCUGCCCGCCAAUGUAUCUCUGCGGGCCAUCAUUGAGAAAUACCAGAGCGACAGCGAGCCGCGACCCCCCUCUUGCCCGGAGCACCACCGGCAGCCUCUGAACAUGUACUGCGUCCAGGAUCGAAAGCUGAUCUGCGGGCUGUGUCUGACGCUGGGACAGCACCAGGGUCACCCCAUAGAUGACCUGCAGGCCGCGUUCAUCAGGGAGAGAGAGACCCCAUCGCUACUGCUGGCCAGGCUCUCUGAGCACAGAUGGGCCCAGGUGUGUGAGCUCGGGGAGCAGCUGGAGCAGGAAAAGGUUCGCUGUGAGGGUCUGGUGAGGCAGGACCGACAAGAGGUGAAUCAGUUUUUUCAGACGCUGGAGGUGGUGCUGGCCAGGAAGAGAGAGGCUUACCUGGAGGCCUUGGACAAGGCGGGCGCAGAGGUGCUGCGGGCCUACGACCCUCUCAUCCACAGAGUGAAGGACCUGCAGGAAGAACAGUUGGAUCUGGUGUCCUUGGGUUCUUCUGUAGAGGAGGAGACCUCACCGCUGGCCUUCCUCGAAAAGGUGCAUCUGUUCAGGGAGAGGGUGGAGGAGUUCAUUAAAAGCCCCCUACCUUCAGUGAUGAACCUCUCCAUCAAACCGCGGGCAGCAGAGUACCUUCAGAAGAACUGGCCCGCCGUGACCAUUGGGAGCCUCGAGGAAGCGCCUGUUCCUAAAGUGUGCUGCUGUGCCAGAUGUGGAGGCGCCGAGGCCGACGCCAGGACGGACCCUUCCAGCAGCUGGAUCCAGGAGCUGCAGCCCACCUCCUCCAUGGUCCUGCUGGGGCUGCUGCUCCUGCUGGCGGCGCUCGUCUGGGUCAACCCGGUCGGAGGGGCGUCGCUCGGCUUCUCUGCACUGUCUCGGCUCAGCCAGGUAGCGCUCGGGCUGAGCAGCGAGCUCAUCGCCUCCGUGGCGGACGUGGCCGGGCCGGCGUACGCAGCGACGGGGGCCGCUGUGCAGAGGUGGAGCUCCCUGCUCUCCUCAGUGGGGGAAACAGCCGUGCAGCAUCUGGCCGCCUUGUUUAAAACUUUAACAAGCCGCUAAAGUGGAGCAAACUAGAACCUUGAGUUCCUCCAAGUUUCACCUAGAAGCUGAGAACGUCUGGUUUGUCUAAUUUAGGCUGACCUGCUGCUGCUCCUGCUUCGAUUUGGAGUCAAUCACUUCUUGGUGCUUAUCAUGAACUGGAGAACGUUUUUAUGCUUUAACACUAAUAUUCAGAAAACAAGCAGCAAAGUAAUCAUUAGUAUUAGCAAAAUUGAUGAACCCAUAAUUAUUAUUAAUACAAGAACAAACAGCAGAUGAGUAGUAAACUGGAGAAUCUAAAGGCUGAUUCCUAAGUUUUGUAGCUGUAAAUCUUUUCGGUUCUGGUUGAGUAUUAUGUUAUCUUGGCUAACUAAUUAGCAUUUAUCAUAACAGACAUUAGGGAAAGAACGUGGAAAGUCCUGUGAGGGCUGUGUCAGUAGCAGCAUCGUGAGGUCAGAGAGCUCGGGGCAUCAGCACAGCUACACGUUCACCUCCUUACAUUACUGUAGUGGCUGGAGCAGCAUGUGAUCUGUAGAGCCGGCUGAGUGGAACCAGACACAGUGGACCUGAUGAAAGCCUCCACGGGUCAUGUUACAGAGAUGCUGUGAGCAGCUGCCUCCGCGAGCAUCUACCACACCCACGUCUGACAUGUUGAGUUCAGCACUUAUUAUAGCCUUUAGCAAACAGUCGUAUGAAGUGGGACUGCACAACAAAGUAUCUUUAAGUAAGAGGAAACGCUUUAUGUUACAGAGAUGUUAUACUGAAAUUUUAUGAACUUCAUUUAGUAUUUAUGAAAUGUUUUAAUAAAUUCAUUUAGUAGCA